GGUGGUAAGAGUCGGAGCAAGUCCAAGAGGACUAAGGAUGGAGCUGGAGCAUCUGGCCCAGGUGGCGCGGAUGGAACCAAUCCAAGUGUGGUGCUGCCCAAUCCAAGUCUUGGCGUGGACAGUGCAACUGGAUUGCCUUUGGCUCGGAUCAUUCCGACUGAGGUUCAGGGAGGUCUAGUGGAACAGCAGCAAAAGGCGGCUGAAGAGACUAGGCAGCAGCUGGAGCAAGCUGAACUAGCUAGACAGCUGCAAGAGCAAGCUGAGGAAGCUGCAAGGCAGCUACAAGAUGACAUGGAGGCUGAGGGAGAGUCCUCACAUGCUGGUGAUCAGGGCGGCCGAGGCAUUGGUGCAGCCAAUGGUGGAGCUAACCAAGGAAACCAGCUGGUGGAACCUACCAUGAAAGAGGUGCUUGAUGCAAUCAGGCUCAUGGGUAGUCAGAUGCUGGCUAUGACCCAAGUAAUCACUCCAUUGGUGAAUUCAUCCGUGGGGCAAGCUCCACAAGUUCAGGUGGUGGUACCAGGAGCUGCUGGACAAGUUGCACCAGUUGAUGAGGUGAUUGAACUUGAUCCGCCAGCUAGAAGAUCUGGUAAGGUGGAUUACCUGAAGGUGCUAGAGCACAUAUCUCGCCUAGGGACAAAGCAUUUUGCUGGAAGUGCUGACCCUAUGGAGGCGGAUGAAUGGAGGGACAGGCUGGCCCGGAACUUCAAGUCUACAAGGUGCCCUGAGGAGUACCAGAGAGACAUAGCAGUGCACUUCCUGGAGGGAGAUGCACACAACUGGUGGCUGUCUGUGGACAAGCGCACCAAUGGAUCUAUUGAGAAGUUCUCUGACUUUGAGGUUGAGUUCAACCACAAGUAUUUCCCAGCUGAAGCAUGGGAUCGUUUGGAGGCCAAGUUCUUGGAUUUGACCCAAGGGCGUAGGUCAGUCAGGGAGUAUGAAGAGGAGUUCAACCGGCUCAGGAAGUAUGUGGGUAAGGAGUUGGAGGAUGAGAAAGUUCAGGUCCUUGGUGGAGCGUAUGGCAAUGCUGGAGACUAA